GUCGCGGCGCACGUGUUUUGUCCUUUGGCGCGGAUGUGACUUCGAGUCCUUAUCGCAGAUUGUGAACUUCGCCUCGAAAGGAUAUCUCGCAGUUGCCGGUCUCACAGGUUUUGUCAACUCGUGCGCGUCGACACUGAAAGAAUAGUAAACGAUCGAUCGGGUUUAAUUUCGCUCAGUGUAAUGUUCUUGAAGCAAAAGUGAAGUUUUCAAAUUGGUGGCCGCUUUAUGCGGCCAGUGAAAGAUAUUAACCCAGCCUGACCAAAAGCCAAUAAAAUACUGAAAAACUGAGAUGUUAAAAAAAUAAAAUUAAUGGAUUUAGCUCUGAAACCUAAAAAUUGCACUUCAAACAUGAUUGAACCUACAUCCUCUAUGAAAACAAUUGCAGUAAUGUGAACCGAAAUAGCAACGUUUGAGGGCUAAAAUUACAGACAAACAACCGCCUUUGAGGUGAAUAAUUAUAAAUAAUUAAAAUCAAGGAUAACCAACCAGCCAGUUAGAGGGAUCAUGGCCAUGGAAGGGAAAUGUUUCGGCUGCAUCAUUACACCAAUCCUCGUGAUAAUGAUUAGCAUUUCGAGAGCUUGGACAAUGCAGCAACAGCACUUGAGUCCUGCCACCCAAGAGCUUCCUGGAAUUAAGUCAUUAUCUCAUCUCGUGGAGGGCAGUAACAACCUGUUGCCCAUAGUUUCUGCACCAUCGACCAAUGAUAAUGAUUACGUUUACAUUGCGUCUGUCAAUAGUAAAUUUCCGCAGUUCGGAAACUCCCUGGAUGAGGAGCAAGAGGCCGAGGAGCAGCAGCCAGACGAGACCACUUAUCCGCCGCCCGUUUUCGAUUUCGGAAUGCCCAGAAACAUUACGACCAGGACGGGACACACAGCGGCCAUCAACUGCCGCGUUGACAAUCUGGGAGAUAAAUCGGUAUCCUGGAUAAGAAAACGCGAUUUGCACAUUCUGACUGCAGGCAUUUUGACCUACACAUCUGAUGAGCGUUUCAAGGUGGUGCGGACCGCCGACUCCAAGGAUUGGACAUUGCAUGUGAAAUAUGCCCAGCCACGUGACAGCGGCAUCUACGAAUGCCAAGUGAAUACGGAGCCAAAGAUUUCGAUGGCAUUCCGCCUGAAUGUCAUAGCCACGCAGCCAGAUGCCAAGGCGAUUAUUGCCGGGCCGACGGACUUGUACGUCAAAGUGGGCAGCAGCGUUAUACUCACAUGCCUCGUAAAGCAACCGGCCACUUCGGCCCAGGAUAUUGGGCCAAUUUACUGGUAUCGUGGCCCCUACAUACUGACACCCUUCGUGGCCCAUCCGAAUGACGCGGCCAUCGAUUUGCAGCGCAUCUCCAUGGAGUCCACGUUGUCAGAGAAGCUGCAGAGCAGAUUACGCAUCGCCAAUGCUCAGCUGCUGGACACGGGCAACUAUACGUGCAUGCCGACCACAGCGGAAGCGGCCAGCGUGGUGGUUAAUGUCAUCAAUGACGAGAGCCCCGCAGCAAUGCAAAAGAGCAGAGCCAUCCGAACAAGUGGCAGCAGUCGCAACAGUCGACUGGUCCUCCUCCUAGCCAUGGUGGCCAGUUCUGUCGUACGAUGGCUUAUUGGUGGCUGCCACAGCGGUAGUAACAUCUGCCGGCAUUCCUGCUCGAAUUUAUCCACUCUGCAUAUCAAUUAUUGCAACCUGCAUGCAAAAAUCACCAGCCACUUGGAGCCGAAUCGAUGUUUGGGGGCAUCUCUGGCGGAGUCAUGAUAAUUAAGUACUUGCCACUUUUAAAAAACCAAAACCAUUUCAUCUUGUAUAUAAAACUGAAUUCAUAGUUAAGCAUCAUGUUUUGUGUAAAUCCAAAUAAUGUGAGAUGGGAAAAACGCUGUACUGGUACUGUACACUUUGUGGAAUAUAAUUAGUUUAUUUUACUGCUUCACCCGGCCAGAUUUCAUCGUUCGGUUUAUGAAAAUUGUUUGAAAUGUUUUGAAGACAUUUUGAAUUUCUGCAUUUAUCCAGGAUUGAAGUGGUUUCCCAUCUGGCAGACAGUAAACUAAACUAUAACUAUAUUUAAUGCUAAUUUUUAUGCCUAGCAUAAAUAUUUAUGUAACAAUAAAAAUAAAAGAUGGUGCCCAAGUAAUUAUCGAAUGUAAUAUUAAACGAAACUACGCCCGAUAAUGGCAUUGCAUAGCAUUGUUAAUUACAGAAUGCAAAUAUUAUUAUUCGGGUAUUUUCUGUUAUUGCAAUUAGCUAAUUAUAUUUGUCACUGUGAAAACACCUGAAAACUAAUUGAACUCAACUCUCAUUAAAGCGACAGGCGCUGAAAAGCAGUAAUAAAAAAAAAAACAGUUUGAAAUUGCGUUAUCUGAAAAAGAAAAACAUGAAAAGGCCACAAUUAAUUUAACUUCAAUUUAGUUAUAGGUAUUCAGUGCGCAAAAUGAACGAUUUGUAACCAUAUAUAUAUCGAAUUUCUCAAUGAGAAAAUAAUAAAAUGUAUUUUGUUGAAAUAAAAUCUUGAUUUUAACCACCA